AUGGUCGCCCCGGACUACUCCAACUACAGCAUGUUUGGAGUUAAGAGCUCAGAGAAGCGUUACCUGUGGUGCUCCUGGCUAGUGUUCGUGUUGAUCUCCUCCCUUAUAGGAGACGCUGUCAUCCUCAUAGCCUCUCUAAAGUACAAAGCUAUCAAACUGAACCGCAUUAUAGUGCUGUUCAUAGAGCAGAUAGCAGCAUGUGACAUGUUCCUCUCCCUCCUCUACCUAGUAUUCACAUUGGUGCCUCUCAUAAGUAACAGAUGGGUAUAUGGGGGGACUCUGUGUACUCUGAGAGUCUACCUAGCAUACUCUGUAACUACAGCUAGUCUCCUCCUCAUCUGCGCAAUGGUCACGUGUAAACUGCUACUAGUGAGAGGUACUGUAAGGACGAGGAACCUGACAGUCUCACAAGUUCACAUUGUGUGUGCUGUGAUCUGGGGACUAGCUCUCUACCUUCCCAUUACAUUCCUUAUACUAGGCAAGGACGACGUGUGGUUUGACUACAGAAUAUACACCUGCAACUACAAGUUCUCCUCUGAUACCUGGAGACGGUGGUUGACCAUGGUAACCUCUAUCACUCUGGGCUUUAUCCCCAACUUUGUGAUAGUGAGUGCUACUGUAAUGCUGGUGCUGCACCUGAGAAGAGCGCGCAACACCUCCCGACAGUGUAGAGGGCUCAUCAGAUCACAGGGGAUAAUAACAGUAGUGCUGACAGCAGUAGUGUACACUAUAUCCAUCCUACCCUACACUGUCUACCAGUUCACUGAACCAUUCGUGGAGUUUAACUACACUAGUUCCACCACAUUCCACACUCUGUACUACAGACUAGCUAACUGCUUCCUACUCUUCAACCUCCUCACCAACUUCUUUAUCUGUAGUCUUACUGUUAGGAGCUUCAGAACCUUCCUACUCGACAGGAGACAUCAGAUAACAUCCUACAGGCCCUGCUCAAUGACAGUGAGAAGAUCUACGUGUGAAGGAAUAUCUAACACGCUCACUACAGCUCUUGAAACUCCUGUCUGA